UACAUUUGGACAGAGCCAGAGAGAAAUAGAAACGAAAAAAUGGCGGUCGGUCGUAGUUGGUGACUGGACGGAAUUUUUUUUUUUAAUAAUUUUUUUUAUUAAUAUCUAUAAUUGAAAAAAACUUGAAAACAAUUUUUCAUUUUUUAAUUUUAAUUAUUUUCGAUUGUGUUUUAUCAAAAAUAAUUUACAAAUAAAAAAGAAAAACUUACUUAAUAAUUAAUUAAAAAUGAAAAGAAACUUUAAAAAUAAAAAAAAAAAAAUGAAAAAUUGAAAAAAAAAUUUUUUAAAUGAAAAUUUAUAAAAAUCUUUUGUUAUGUGUGUAAAAUAAUACAAAAAAAAAGAAAAAAAAAAUGGUACAAUGUACAAAAAAAUAAAUAUAAAAGAAAAAUACAACAACAACAAUAGUGAAGAAAAUAUAAUAAUAUAAAAAUAAUAUGAAUGUAAAUAUAAAUAUAUAUACAUAUAUAUGUAUAUAUAUAUAAUUUAAUAUAUAAGUAAAUAUAUUUAAAUAUUAAAGAAAGAAAAUAAUUAAACAUAUAAGUAGUUAUAUAUGUAUAUACAUACUAACAUAUAUAACAACAUAUUAUUGUGAAUAAUUUAUAAUAUCAUUGUGGUUAUGUGGUCUUCUUAUAAAUAACAACAGCAACACACAUACGCAUUUCUCACAAGUCUAAAAAUAAAAAAAUAAACUAAAAACGUGAAAAGUGAAAAAUUAAUUAAAGAAAAAAAAAAAUUAAGUUUUUUCCAAUUUUUUUUUAAUUUUAUUUUUUUUUUUCUGUGUUUUCUUGAAAAAUAAUUGCUUAUUUUAUUUUUUCAUAAAGAAAUUUCAAAAAAAAAGAAUUGUGUGUAUGUAGAAAUGCGUACACUUUAAAAAUUAAUGUGUUUCAAAAAAAAAAAUAAAUUAAAAUUUUUGUAUAAGAGAGGAGAAAAAUUAAAAAAUUUCAAUAAAAUAAAAUCAUAAUAAAAUUACAAAAAAAAAAAGUUGAAUGUAUUUAAGAAAAAAAUUUAAAAAUACAAAAAAUUUCUGAAAAAAAAAAACAACACUGAGAAAAAAAAAUUUUUUAAAAAUGAAAUUUAAAUAAAAAAUAUUUUUUUUGUUAAUUUUCUCAUAUUUUAAUAAGUAUAAAGAGUAAAAUAAAAUACAAAAAAAAAUUUUUUUGGUUUAAAAAAAAAAAACAGAAAAAAUGUUGGCCUAUUUUUGCAUCUUGCAAAGAAAAAAGAUGGAUUGAACGAUAUCUUAAAAAUUUCGAAAGCAGUCCAAAUUAAACAAAAUAUGGAGUAUGAAUAGCAAAGUAAAUUUCAUAUUCACUUGUAUGAAAACAUUUUCGAUUUCAUUUUGGUUUUUCAUAUUUAAAUAAGAAACAAAUAAGUAAAUAAAUAUUUGGAUAACAAAAAAAUUUAAUAAAUAAGUAUUAAAUUAGAAAAAAAAGAAAAAAACAUGAAAUGAAUGAAGAAAAAGUCCAUUAAUAUUAAAAAACAAAAUUUUAGUGAAAAAAUAAGUAAAAAAUUAAUACUUUCAAAAAUUUCAACUUAAACAACUUUUUUAAAGAAAAUCAAAAUCAAAAAUAAAAAUAAUAAGUUCUUUAUUUCUUUGUAUAUUAUUCAAAAAAAUUCAAAAAAUAAAAAUUGUUUUCGAAAAAUAUUUCAAUAAUAUUUUUGGUAAAUAAAAAAAUUUUAAAUUAUAAGUGUAAAAUAAAAAGAAAAAAGCAACAAAACAACAUUUUGAAAUUAAAAAAAAAAAAAAACAAAGAAAUAAAAGAAGAACUUUAAAAGAUUUUCAAAAACAUUUUUUUUUGGGGAAAUACAAAUGAAAACUUCGCAUUGCAUAUCGUCUAACUACGACUUCCCUGGUCGCCCUCUUUAUUUGCAGAGUGGUAACAACAACGGUAGCAACAGCAACAGCAGCAGCAACAACAAUCACAAUCAUCAUCAUCAUCAUCGUAGUAGUAAUAGUAGUAAUACUAAUAUAGCAACAUCAACAAUUAUUGGGAACGAACAUCGUAUUCAUUCAUCAUCAACAUCAUCAUCAGCAGCUGUAUCAAUUAAUAAUAAUAAUAAUAAUAAUAAUGGAAAUGGAAAUAUAAAUAAUGGUACAACAACAACAACAGCAACAUCAUCAUCAUCAUUAUCAUCAUCAGCAUUAAUUUAUCAAAAUCAAUCGAAUCAACAACAACAACAAUUCUUAUCGUGUUCAAAUGAACCAAAUAUUUCUUUACAACAUAAUCAACAACAUCAUAAUAAUUAUAAUAUAGAUUCGAAUACGACACCACCAUUAGAAAUUAUUGAAACAAAACCAAAAAUAAUUAAUUCCAGUAAUAGUAAUAAUAAUAUUAAUACAAAUAGUAUUAAUAAUAACAGUAGUAGCGGCUGUAUUAAUAAUAAUAAUAAUAUAAUUAAUAAUAAUAUUGAUAAUAAUAAUCAAAAUAUUAAUAAUAGUGGUAGUAGUAAUAGUAGUAGAAUAAAAACUUGUAAUUCAACAAGUAAUAGUAUACAAAAAUCAAAAAUAACAUCAACUUCAGCGGCAACUUCAUCAACAACAAUUACAAAUAACAAUAAUAAUAGUAAUAAUUAUAGUGAUAGUGAUAUAUCAAUAAUUUCAACAUAUAAUUUAAAGGAUAGACAUAUUUCUAAUAAUAAUAUUAAUGAAAAUUCAAAAUAUCGUUUACAAACAACAGCAUCACCUUCAAGAACGGGUGGAACAACAGCAACAACAACUGGUGCACCAACAUCAGCUAUAAUAUAUGAUAAUAAUAUACAAGAUUCUAAAGUUGUAAUUAAAUAUGAGCCACCGCCGCCAAUACAAUUAAAUUCACAUCAUACAGCUGAUUAUAGUAAUAAAGAUUGUCAAGUAAUUAGAAAUACAAAUAAAUAUCAUUAUCAACAACAACAACAGCAACAACAACAGCAACAACAGCAACAACAAAAAUCAAUUAAAAGAAAACGUGAAACAGAUUGUGAUUGUGGUUGCGUCGACUCUUCAAUAGGGGGUGGAAACGGUGGUAUAGUUGUAGUAACAAAUAAUAGUACUACGGCUCCAUCUGCAGCAUCAUCAUCAAACAGCAUCAAAACGGCGCAUGCAAAAGUAGCAACAUCUGGGGGGCAUGCAAAUACGCAACCCCCUAGUAAAAGAUCAAGUAGUGGAGCUGAUGGAGAUUAUCAAUUAGUACAACAUGAAGUUUUAUAUUCUCUUUCAGCUGAAUAUGAAGUUUUAGAAUUUUUAGGGCGUGGAACAUUUGGUCAAGUUGUAAAAUGUUGGAAACGUGGUACAAAUGAAAUUGUUGCUAUAAAAAUUUUAAAAAAUCAUCCGUCGUAUGCUCGCCAGGGUCAAAUUGAAGUAUCAAUUUUAUCAAGAUUAAGUCAAGAAAAUGCUGACGAAUUUAAUUUUGUACGAGCUUUUGAAUGUUUCCAACAUAAAAAUCAUACAUGUUUGGUUUUUGAAAUGUUGGAACAAAAUUUAUAUGAUUUCUUAAAACAAAAUAAAUUUUCACCAUUACCAUUAAAAUUUAUAAGGCCAAUAUUACAACAGGUACUGACAGCUCUACUAAAAUUGAAACAACUUGGUUUAAUCCAUGCAGAUUUAAAACCAGAAAAUAUAAUGUUAGUCGAUCCAGCUCGACAGCCUUAUAGAGUAAAAGUGAUAGAUUUUGGUAGUGCAUCUCAUGUCAGUAAAACUGUUUGCAAUACGUAUCUACAAUCAAGAUAUUACAGGGCACCAGAAAUUAUAUUAGGUUUACCAUUUUGCGAGGCAAUUGAUAUGUGGUCUUUAGGCUGUGUUGUGGCAGAACUGUUUUUAGGAUGGCCUUUAUAUCCUGGUUCAUCAGAAUUUGAUCAAAUUAGAUACAUAUCACAAACUCAAGGAUUGCCCACUGAGCAUAUGUUAAAUAAUGCUAGUAAAACAUCGAAAUUCUUUUAUCGUGAUGUAGAUUCAACUUAUCCGUUUUGGAGAUUAAAAACAACAGAAGAACAUGAGGCUGAAACAAAUACAAAAAGUAAAGAGGCAAGAAAAUAUAUUUUUAACUGUUUGGAUGAUAUUGGGCAAGUAAAUGUACCAACUGAUUUAGAAGGUGGCCAGUUAUUAGCAGAAAAAACGGAUAGGCGUGAAUUUAUUGAUUUAUUGAAACGAAUGUUGACUAUCGAUCAAGAGAGAAGAAUAACACCAGCGGAAGCAUUAAAUCAUUCAUUUACGACAUUAACACAUUUGGUAGACUAUGCUCAUUGUAAUAAUGUUAAGGCAUCGGUACAAAUGAUGGAAGUUUGUCGGCGAGGAGAUUUUCACACUGUGCAACCUACGUCGACCCUCGUUACGAAUUUCGUACCUAAUACAACAGAAAAUAUGACAUUUACUAUAAACAAUCAACUCUCAAGCCAAGUUCAACGUUUGGUAAGGGAACGGCCAAUAACCUAUGAGAGUUUAUACCAAAUAUAUGGUGGCAGAAAUGUUGGAAGACAAUAUACUAAUGCAAGGGCUGAUACCUUUCAACAUCAAUUGGUUUCAAAUAUUUUAUGCCCGCCAACUUAUCAAGCUAUGCCAAGUCCAACAAAACAUGUUGUGGUUGGUAGCGCUGCAAUGCAACCUCCAUUACAGGUACCACCACAGCAAUAUGUCAAUGUUCCUGUUCCAGUUUCAAUGGUAGAACCGACUUCAGGUCAACGUAUGCUUUUAACAAAUCGAGUUCAAACAAAUGCUUGGCCAAAUGCCGGCAGACAAAUGGCAUUAGUGCCAUCCUGGCCUCAACAAGCACCUCAACACUCAUUAAUUGUGGACUCGGCACCGUUUUUGAAUGUUGAAGAAAUAUAUCCAAAACAUCAUUUGAAUUUACCACGCCAUGAACCGAAGAAGGAGUCUCCAGUUCAUCAUUUAUUCGUUCCCAGGCAAGAAAAGAAGGAAACAAAUCAAUUUUCUCCGGUUAAGAAGCGUGUUAAAGAAAACUCACCGCCACAUCAGCAAAGAUAUAGCAGAACACAUGUUUCUCCACAACAGCAACAACAGCAGCAACAGUAUCAUAAUCAUCCUCAAUGCAAUUAUUACAGCAGUGGUGGGGCAUCCUCAAACAAUCCUAUUAGUAGCCACCACCACCAUCAUCACCAUCAUCAACAACAACAGCCAACUCAACAUAAUGGUGGUAAUUUGAUGCAUCAAUCUGUUCAGGGUUCUUCAUCAUAUCAUAAUAGCAGUCAUAAUAAUAAUGCACCACAUCAAAUAUCAACUGGAACACAUCAACCGAUGGGUCAUAUAAUUAAACAACAAACAAUAACAAUACACGAUACCCCAUCGCCGACGGCCGUUAUUACAAUAUCAGAUAGUGAAGAUGAAUCUCCUGAUCCACCCGUACAAAUACAACCACAACCACAGCCACCACCGCCACCACAUCAACAUCAGCAUCAACAUCAGCAUCAACACCAGCACCCACAUGUGCACCACAAGCAAGUUCAACGUGCUCACGCACAGUCACAAACAGUGUCAACUUCCUGUCGUGGCAGUGGUAACGGGAAUAAUAAUAGUGGCGGACACAACUCUGUGUCGAAUAAUCAACAACCGGCUCAUCAGAGCCAAUCUUCAUCGAUGAAUAUGCAUAUGAAUCAUCACCAUCAUCAGCAGCCUCAACAACAACAGCAAAAUCAAACUCAACAGCCUCAAAACCACCAUCAUCAUGGUCAAAAUAAUAUUCAUAGCCAAACUCAUCAACAUAGUUCACAAUCCGGGCACAACCAACAGAAUGCUCAAAUUCAAGAAAACAAUAAUACUGGAAAUAAUAACAUGCAUCAAUAUCAUAACCAUCAUCAGCAUCAAAAUGGAAAUAAUGGUGCUAUCAAUAAUAAUUCUAGUAGCCAAAAGAAUAUAUCUACUAGCAGUUCAAAUAAUUUAAAUCAAAAGCACCGUAAAAAUGUAAUAAACUCUGCAUGUGUUACAAUUGGGGAAGAUAAUGAUGUUCGCGAUAUGAAUAUUCAACAUCAUCAGCAGCAACAAACACAUCAACAAAUUCCUGAAACGCCACAACAAAUAGUUGAUCAUCAUCAUCAUGUUCAACAACAUCAGCAGCAUCAACAACAUCAUCAGCAGCAUCAGCAACAUCAGCAACAACAGCAACAGCAGCAACAACAAUCACAGCAAUUGCAGCAACAGCCUCCACCAAUACAGACUUUGCAAGUUGAUCAAAGAACACGUACAAGUCCAAAAUAUAACCCAUCAAAUGUGAAAUAUGAGCCUGGCCAAUCUCAGAAAAAAAGGAUUUUAGCAAUGGCUCAAAAUGAAUGUCUUUUAAGUGGAAAUUCAAGUGGCAACAAUAUGAACUCAAAUAGCAAUUCGGGAAACCAAGGUAACAGUAGUAAUUCAUCGAAUAAUUCAAAUAAUGUAUCAUCAUCGCACCAUGUUCAUGUCCCCAAACAAGAACCUACCGAAUUUUAUGAUUAUUCUCAACAAUUGGAUAAAAGGUCAUCUUGGGCACCUGCCCCAGCACAUCAUCAUAAACGAGAAGCAUCGGCAUAUAUUGCAGCUGCGGCCGCCGCUGCAACAGCAAAUCAACAGCAAGCUGUUUUAGCAGCAGCGGCUGCCGCUGCUCCACCUACGUCAGAAAUUUACGCAGCCCAAAGAGAAAUGUACACCAGACCAACAGUUUUUGUUUCCCAACCACCUUAUCAAAAUUAUAAUAGAGUUGUUCCGCCUCCAGCUCAUAAUGCUUCAAAUCGACAGGUUUUGCCAUCACAUCCACUUCCAGCCCAUAUACAGUUUCCUACACAAUAUAGUCAAUUUGGUCCUUUAAGUCCAGCUCAAGUGGCAAAUAAACAUUCUCAUUAUGCUCCAGCAAAUAUAUGGUAUGGAGAAUAAGAAAAAGAAACGGCGAAAAAUUAAAAAAAAAAUUAAAUAAACUACUGAAUUACUUGAAUUAAAAAAUUCUGUGCUAUCAUUAUGGUACGAUAGCAUACUAUCCAAGAUUUGUCUGAAAAGGAAAACAACAACAACCUCAAUAAAUUCUUCAAUUAUCUUUGAGAAUAACAGCAAUAAAAAGUUGAAACCAUUGUAAAUUAAAAUUCAUACCAACAGAAUAUUUUAUGGUGAAUAGUGAAAUAUUUUUGGAAAGUAUACACACCAUGAGUUGAUUUACUGUUCCAGUUUGCAAUAAAUAAGCUGAAAUAACAUCUUCCAAAUUAAACAAAAAUAAAUGAAAUUUCAGUGGGAAACGUAUUUUAAAAUUUUUGUUUAAAAUUAAUGAAUUUUUGUUUAUAUAGUUCAUGUUAACGUCAAAAUAAUUAAUAACGUAUGUAAAGUAGCAAAAGGAAAAAGAAAAAUAAUUUUGGAGUUAAAUGAUUGUAAAAAUGUCCAUGGAAACUUAAUAUUAAUUUGAAAUUAUAGAUGAAGAAAGGCACUCUAUAAAAUUAUUUUGUAUUUUUUAUAUUAAUUAAUUUUUUUUUUCUUUUGAUAUGCUAAUAUAGAAUUUUUGUCUCUAAUGUCUCUAAUGUUAAUUAUGUCUAAUACAUACAUAUAUAUCAAAAUAUUAAUGUAGUAAAAAAAAAUCGAUAUAUUGAUAAGUGUAUAUUAAAAUUUGUAAUUAAUUACAAAAAGCAGAAAAAUUGUAUA